AUGGAUGGCAGAACGCUCCCUCCAGAUUACCUCGACCGCUAUAGCGGUGCCACUUCAAAAUAUCCACAUUUGUGUCCCACAGAUGUCCCCAAGACCCCUGAGACGCCGGUGGCCCCGGUGUCCGAGUCGCUCGAGCGGAAUCCGGACACGCCAUGGUACAACCCACGAGGCUGGUCAUCACGAAAGAAACUCAUAUCUACCUGUGCCAUAAUAGUGGUCAUCGUGGUUGUUAUCGUCGGCGCUGUCGAAGGCGUCAAAGCGAACCGGUAUCCAAACUACAGUCCCUUGAAAUACCAAUUAAAGGAUACAUACGCCGGGCCGUCAUUCUUCGAACAAUUCAACUAUUUCACCGAACAAGACCCUACAAAUGGCUUCGUCGUCUACGUGAACGAAAAAGCAGCCACGAAGCUCAAUCUGACAUAUGCCACCGACACAUCAGCCAUCCUGCGGGUGGACUCGUCCACGCCCAAUGCCAUCGGAGGCCGUAAGUCGGUGCGCAUCGAGUCGAAGAAGGCCUAUGAUAUGGGACUCUUCAUUUUCGACAUCAUACACACGCCUCAUGGCUGUGGUACAUGGCCAGCCCUGUGGAUGACGGACGGAGCCAUCUGGCCUGCGAACGGCGAGAUCGAUAUCCUCGAGUCAACCAAUGAAGGUUCUCACGGCAACGAGAUCUCACUGCAUACCACGCCCGGAUGUAAUAUGAACGUCAAGCGCAAAGAGACUGGACACCCCCUCUACGACACCUGCGACAAUAGCACCAAUGGCAACGCGGGCUGCAGCGUCGUGGGAAACCCUGACACCUACGGCGCAGCAUUGAACAAGAUUGGCGGCGGCAUCUACGCCCUUGAAAUCCGCAACGCUGGUAUCCGCACCUGGUUCUUCCCUCGUGACUCCAUCCCCGCGGAUAUCACCGAAUCCACCGGCACACCGGAUCCCUCAACCUGGGGCAUCGCACUGGCCGACUUCCCCAGCACGGAAUGCAAUAUCCCCUCGCACUUCCGGAACCAGAAUAUCAUUGCCAAUAUCGACCUGUGCGGUGAACUCGCUGCGCAGCCGCAGUACUAUGAUCAGAUGUAUAAUUGUCCUUCGACUUGCACGGAUUAUGUAGCGCAGAACCCGACUGCGUUUGCGGACGCGUUCUGGGAGUUUGGGAGCUUUAAGGUUUAUCAAGCUGUUUCAGGGUAG